AUGGCCAACACCCUGAAGAUGUUGACAGCGCGUCAACACAUUCAGAACAUCAGCGCCGCCUCGGAGGUGCAACCGCACUGGGGGUAUGCGGACCGCGUGAUACCUUGCGUCAACGAUGCCGGGUCCUGCAAGUACCUCGACGUUGUGUAUGCUGCCCACGACAUUGGCAUGUACUACACCGGCAUCAUCUGGGCAACGAUCGGUGGAGUCCUCAUCGUUUGGGCCAUUGGACGACACUUCAUGCGCGCACACCCAUCAGGCGUUGUGCUUCCAGCAGAAUUGGCAGGAGAAGGCGUGAACAAGAGGAGGAACGCUCUUCAGAGAUUUGCAACAGCAGCUCCAUCGUAUGCUCGUUCAUACCUCCUUCCGGAUGCCAACAGAUUCAUCUUUGGCCGCGUCACACGUACCCAGGUCCUAACUCUUGUAGUCCUUGUGGGCUAUCUUACCAUCUGGUCCUUUGUUGGUAUCGUCUACGACACAUGGAUCACUCCAGUAAAGAACAUGGCCGGCACCUACAACACUCGGACAAGUCUGGGACCAUGGUCUGAUCGCGUGGGUGUCAUUGCUUAUGCUCUGACUCCACUCUCCAUCAUGCUAUCCAGCCGAGAGUCAAUCCUUUCUUUGGUCACUGGACUGCCUUACCAGAGCUUCAACUUCCUCCACCGCUGGUUGGGAUAUCUCAUUUUUGCUCAGUCCGCCCUGCACACCAUUGGAUGGUCCAUCAUUGAGAUCAGACUUUACCAGCCCCAGCCUUCUGUUGGACUCAAGUGGAUCCGCCAAUUGUAUAUGAUAUGGGGCCUAGUCGCUAUGAUCCUUCUCACAUUCCUUGUGAUCUUAUCUACGCCAUGGGGCAUUCGCAUGACAGGUUAUGAGGCUUUCCGUAAGCUCCACUAUGUCUUGGCUAUGGUGUACAUCGGCGCAUGCUGGGGUCACUGGGAGCAGCUGAAGGUUUUCCUCAUUCCUGGUCUGGUUGUGUGGAUCAUUGACCGCGCUAUCCGCCUCGGUAGGACCGCUCUUCUGCACUACAACUUCCUUCCCUCGGGUCACAUGGGUUUCCGCGCCGCACCGGCAGACAUCACCUUCUUUAAGGACGAUGUCAACGGCGACGUUGUCCGUUUGGAUUUUGAUCACCCUCAGGAUUCCUGGUCCGUUGGCCAGCACUUCUAUCUCAUGUUUCCCGAGUCCAGCAUCUGGCAAGCGCAUCCCUUCACCCCGCUCAGCCUUCCCGUCUUCGGCGCUGACACCCAGCGCCACUCUUACAUCUUCCGCGCGAAGAAGGGCGAGACUCGUAAGAUUGCUGAGCUCUCCGCCAAACGUAUUGCACGCGCUGCCGAUCCUCAAGAAGCUAGCGAAAGCCUUGUGGGAAAUGCUCGCCUUUCUGUCGUCCUGCAAGGCCCAUAUGGCGAGCAGACCAUGCGCGACCUCUCUUCUGAUUCAAACAUCCUUUGUAUCGCCGGCGGUACCGGCAUUACAUAUGUUCUUCCCGUCCUCCUCAACAUCGCCUCUCGUCCUCAGAACCGCGAUCGCAAACUCUCCCUCGUCUGGGUCAUCCGCCACCGCGGCGACAUCGACUGGGUCGCGCCAGAGCUUGCGAUUCUGAAGCGAAAGUGCCGGAACCUGAGGACCGGCAUCCACAUCUAUGUCACUCGCGCAGCUGAAGACCACUACCACGAGCCAAACGUACCUACAGCUGCCGAGAAGGUCACCGCGACUGACUGCUCGCCGGAGAAGGAGAUCCAGACUAUUUCGAACUCAACGGACUCUUCGGCUGCCUCCGUCUCGUCCGCACUUUCCGUUCACGGUGUAUCAAAGUCAGAGCUAAACCUGGAUCACAUUCAGGCGCGCCCUAACUUGAGGCUCACGGUUGACGACUUUGUUGCUUCUACAGUACGAGGGCGCACUGACGUCUUUGCAUCCGGACCCGGCGGCAUGAUCAGUGAUCUGCGCACCAUCAUUGCUGGAGUGAACAAGGGUGGUGAGGUCUGGAAGGGCGAGGAGAGGUGGGAUGUCAGGUUGACAUGCGACGAUAGACUGGAGUGGUAG